AUGGGACAAACUAUCACCACCCCCAAAAGUUUAACUUUGCAGCACUUCAAGGAAGUCUGUGACAUCGCCCACAAUCUCUCGGUGGAAGUGCGGAAAGGAAAGUGGGACAUCUUCUGCUCAUCUGAAUGGCCCACCUUUGACGUGGGCUGGCCACGAGAUGGCACCUUUAACCUAGAUAUUAUUUUGCAGGUGAAGGCCAAAGUCAUGAAUCCUGGGCCCCAUGGGCAUCCAGACCAAGUCCCUCAUAUCAUCACGUGGGAAUCUCUGGUCAAGGACCCCCCACCGUGGGUGAAGCCCUUCUUGCCUCCCCCUUGCCCAAAACCCACUCCUUCUGUCCCCUCUCUCCCGCCUCCAUUAGUUCCUACCCCAGUAAACUCCACCCUUUACCCAGUCUUUAUGAAACCUACUCCAGAAAAGGACCCUAGCCACAAGAAGACACCCCCGGUCCUGCCGGCGGAUGAUGGCCCUCUACUGGACCUGAUGACCGAACAACCCCCUCCUUACAGGGGCCCAAACCCGGCAGAGGAACCAGAGGAGGCAACCGCCAGAGGGGGACCCCAGGGAGAGCCCCCCUCGUCCCCGGUGGCAGGACACUUAAGGGGAAGACGGGAAGUCACUCCCGACUCCACAUCCCAGGCCCUACCGCUACGGAUGGGGCCUGAUAGCCAGCUCCAAUAUUGGCCCUUUUCUGCGUCUGAUUUAUAUAAUUGGAAAAAUAAUAACCCUGCUUUUUCGAAGGAUCCCUCUAGGCUCACUGCAUUGAUCGAGUCUAUUUUAGUGACUCACCAGCCCACUUGGGAUGAUUGCCAACAGCUGCUCCAGACGCUGUUGACCACUGAGGAAAAGCAGCGGGUUGUCAUAGAGGCACGUAAAAAUGUUCCAGGAGACGAUGGACAACCCACCCAGCUUCCACACAGAAUAGAUGCGGCUUUUCCCUUGGAGCGACCGGAUUGGGACUUCUCUACUGAGCGCGGUAGGGAACGCCUACGUCAAUAUCGCCAGUUGCUCAUGGCGGGUCUCCGUGGGGCCGCAAAGCGCCCAACUAAUUUGGCCCAGGUUAAAUUAGUGACUCAAAAGUCUGAAGAAUCUCCCUCUGCCUUCCUAGAACGCCUCAAGGAGGCAUACCGUGUGUAUACUCCCUACGAUCCAGAUAGUCCGGAUCAGGCAACUAACUUAGACAUGUCUUUCAUUUUUCAGUCAGCCCCAGAUAUUAGACGGAAGUUAGAAAGACUUGACAAUUUAAGAGAAAAUAUAGUGCAGGAUUUGCUGAAGGAGGCAGAGCAGAUUUAUAACAAGAGAGAGACACAGGAAGAAAGGGACGAAAGGCUGAAGAGAGAGGCAGAAGAAAGGGAGAAUGUCAGGGAGCGGAAGAGAAAUAAAGAGUUUAGCAGGAUAACUCUUAACGUGGGGGGGCAACCUGUCACCUUCCUGGUGGACACCGGAGCCCAACAUUCGGUACUCACCACCUCACCGGGACCCCUAACUGACAAAUCAGCAUGGGUUCAAGGAGCAACCGGAGGAAAGAGGUACCGUUGGACUACCGAGAAAGGUACCGGUAGGGUAACUCACUCCUUUUUGCACGUCCCUGAUUGUCCCUACCCCCUGCUGGGGAGAGACCUACUUAUGAAACUUAGGGCACAAAUCCACUUUGAGGGGACUAAAGCCCAUAUUACCGGGCCGCAGGGACAGCCCUUGCAUGUGCUAACCAUACACUUAGAAGAUGAGUACCGGCUCCACGAGCCUGAGAAACCUGAGUCGCAGGAUGUGACUAGUUGGCUAGAGAAAUUUCCCCUGGCUUGGGUGGAGACUGGAGGAAUUGGUCUCGCCAUUCACCAACCGCCCUUGGUGAUUGCUCUAAAGGCAUCUGCGACUCCUGUCUCUAUCAAACAAUAUCCAAUGUCACAUGAGGCCUACCAGGGAAUCAGACCCCACAUUCAGAGACUUUUAGAUCAGGGCAUAUUGGUACCGUGCCAAUCUCCUUGGAAUACGCCUCUCCUUCCAGUCAAAAAGCCAGGAACAGGAGAUUAUCGCCCAGUACAGGACUUAAGGGAAGUCAACAAAAGAGUGGAGGACAUACACCCCACAGUCCCCAACCCAUACAAUCUGUUGACUGGGCUUCCCCCGAGAUAUGUUUGGUAUACAGUCCUGGACCUCAAGGAUGCUUUCUUCUGUUUGAGGCUCCACCCAAAGAGCCAAUCUCUUUUUGCCUUUGAGUGGAAGGAUCCAGAGCUGGGAAUAUCGGGCCAGCUUACUUGGACAAGAUUACCACAGGGGUUCAAAAAUAGCCCCACCCUUUUCGAUGAAGCUCUACACCGGGACUUGGCUGACUUCAGGGUCCAUCACCCUACCCUAAUUUUACUCCAGUAUGUGGAUGACCUCCUCCUGGCUGCAGAAACUGAGAAAGAAUGUAAGGAGGGAACAGAGGCCCUCUUGAGAACUUUAGAAAUUCUAGGAUACCGGGCCUCAGCCAAAAAGGCCCAGAUUUGCCAAAGACAAGUUACUUAUUUGGGAUACCAGAUCAAAAAUGGGCAAAGGUGGCUGACCGAGGCAAUUUUGGGAAUUCCAGAACCCAAAAAUCUGAGGCAGUUAAGAGAGUUCCUAGGUACGGCGGGGUUUUGCCGCCUCUGGAUCCCGAGGUUUGCAGAGAUGGCCGCACCACUCUACCCCCUUACCAAACAAGGGACUCUCUUCACUUGGGGGGAUGAACAACAGAGGGCCUACGCAUCAAUAAAAGAGGCCCUGCUAACUUCCCCUGCAUUAGGAUUGCCGGAUUUAAACAAGCCCUUUGAGUUGUUCGUGGACGAGAGACAAGGGUAUGCUAGAGGAGUCCUAACUCAAAAACUUGGACCUUGGAGGCGUCCGGUUGCCUACCUGUCUAAGAAACUCGACCCAGUGGCCUCAGGUUGGCACCCUUGCCUACGGAUGGUGGCUGUGAUCGCCCUCUUGCUCAAGGACUCUGGCAAACUGACUAUGGGGCAGCUGGUAACUAUCCUGGCUCCACAUGCGGUUGAGGCCCUGGUAAAACAACCUCCGGGCCGAUGGCUCUCUAAUGCCCACAUGACUCAUUACCAGGCUCUGUUACUAGACACUGAUAGAGUGCAAUUUGGUUCUGUGGUAGCCCUCAACCCAGCAACGCUGCUUCCCCUACCAGAAGGUCCAGAAGUUCAUGAUUGUCUCCAGAUACUUACAGAGGUACAUGGCACCCGACCUGACCUAACUGACCAACCCCUUUCGGAGGCCGACUUCACCUGGUUCACCGACGGGAGCAGUUUCCUGGACAACGAAGAGCGGAGAGCAGGGGCUGCGGUCACCACCGAAACUGAGGUAAUUUGGGCCAAGGCCCUACCACCUGGAACCUCAGCGCAACGGGCUGAACUCAUCGCCCUGACCCAAGCCCUCCGAAUGGCGGAAGGUAAGAAGCUAAAUGUCUAUACAGACAGCCGUUAUGCCUUUGCCACUGCUCAUAUCCAUGGAGAAAUAUAUCGAAGAAGGGGACUGCUUACCUCCGAAGGGAAAGAGAUUAAAAAUAAGACGGAGAUAUUGGCCUUGUUAGAGGCUUUGUUCUUACCCUCGAGGCUGAGCAUUAUUCAUUGCCCAGGUCACCAAAAGGGGGACAGCUUGGAAGCCAGGGGCAACCGCUUGGCGGACAUGACAGCCAGGGAAGUAGCGAUGCAAGGAAAUUCAGAGGCUCCCCGAACGGGGGCCACAUACAACCCCACAACAAGACUCUGGACUUUCAACGAGCGACCUGUGUGGCCCCUACAACAGACCCGGGACCUGAUCAAGUAUCUCCAUCAACUGACCCAUCUUAUCCAAAAAAUGAAAACCCUCCUGGACAGAGAGGAAAACGCCCACUAUCUGCUAGGUAAAGAUAAAAUCCUACAACAAGUAGCUGAAGAGUGCACGGCAUGUGCCCGAGUCAAUGCAAGCCGUAACAAGAUCGGUGCGGGGGUCAGGGUCCGAGGACACCGCCCUGGCACUCAUUGGGAGAUAGACUUCACUGAGGUGAAACCUGGACUCUAUGGGUACCGGUACUUACUGGUAUUUAUAGACACUUUUUCUGGGUGGGCAGAAGCCUACCCUACUAAACAUGAGACUGCCAGAGUUGUCACCAAGAAACUUUUAGAAGAAAUCUUCCCUAGGUAUGGAAUGCCGCGAGUACUGGGCUCUGACAACGGGCCUGCCUUCGUCUCCCAGGUAAGUCAGUCAGUGGCCACAUUGUUGGGGAUUGAUUGGAAAUUACAUUGUGCAUACCGCCCCCAGAGCUCAGGGCAGGUAGAAUGUAUGAAUAGAACUAUUAAGGAGACUUUAACCAAAUUAACGCUUGCAACUGGCGCUAAGGACUGGGUAUCCCUCCUUCCCCUAGCGUUGUAUAGGGCUCGAAACACUCCGGGCCCCCAUGGGCUCACUCCUUUUGAGAUCUUGUAUGGCGCCCCGCCACCCGCCCAUUUCUUUGACUCUGGAAUAGCCUCCUUUGCUGAUACCCCCUCUCUUCAAGCUCAUUUGCAGGCUCUACACCUUGUGCAACGGGAGGUUUGGAAGCCUCUGGCGGCCGCGUAUCGAGAGCAGCUAAGUCAACCUGCGGUCCCGCACCAAUUCCAGAUUGGAGACGUGGUUUGGGUACUGCGACACCAGACAAGGAACCUGGAACCACGCUGGAAAGGACCUUACACUGUUCUGCUGAUGACACCCACAGCUCUGAAAGUAGACGGCAUCGCCGCCUGGGUCCACGCCUCCCACGUCAAGGCCGCCACCCCUGAGCAGCCGCCUGACGCCUCGGACUCGGGAACCCGAUGGAAACUCCACCGCACUCAAAAUCCUCUCAAGAUAAGACUGACUGGGGGGGGGGGAAGCCUAAUAGUCUUGCUUCUUACCCUGAGUAUUACAACAACCCAGGCCUCUUCCCCGCACCAAAUUUUUAACUAUACCUGGAUUAUCGAAAAUCAAGCUGGGGACAUUGUUAACACCAGUUCCCAGGUUGGAGCCCAACCCCACUGGCCCAGUCUGGAGGUAGAUCUCUGUGCCCUUGCUCUAGGGGCCAGCCCCGACUGGGGAACCCCCGAGGUCGUGUACACUCCGGGGUCAAGCGCCCCCCAGCUAGAGGGCCGUCGCCCCAUAGUUCCGGGCUGUCGCAACGGGAUUGAGAGAGCAGACCUACAUGUUCAGGCAGGGAUCUAUGUCUGUCCGGGAAGUCAUAGGAACAAAAACCUCAACUAUAAAUGUGGGUGGGCAAAUGACUACUUUUGUGCCUCUUGGUCCUGUGAAACUACGGGAGACACCUACUGGGCUCCCUCCUCCAAUUGGGAUUAUAUAACUGUUAAGAGAAAAGAUCGCCAGCCAGGGGCGACCCCCAAUCAUAUCCCAGAUCAAUUAAAGACAAAAUGUGCCACCAAUAGCACUACAAAGGGGUGGUGUAAUCCCCUGCUCAUUCAGUUCACUGAGCAGGGAAAGAAAGCACCCUGGACAACUAGCACCAGGGGUUUUGAAUGGGGCAUCAGGCUUUAUAUGCACGGAUGGGAUAUGGGCCUUACCUUUAAACUCAAACUUAAAAAGACCUCACCCACAACUGCCUCUGUGGGACCCAACCCAGUCUUACAGAAGCCCUCUCUACCACGACCUCCACCCCGGCCAACAUCACCCCCAAGUACUUCUGUUUCUUCCCCCAGCUCCGCUUGGUUAAUUACAGGCCCCACGAUGCAACCUCAGCGACCUGGGUCAGGAGGUAGGCUCCUCCAUUUAAUAGCAGGAGCCUACCAGGUGCUAAACCGCUCCGAUCCCCACCUGACUCAAGAAUGUUGGUUAUGCCUGGUUUCUACCCCACCCUAUUAUGAGGGAUUAGCUAUAAUGGGCAAUUUCUCUAAUCAUACCACACCGCCAGCAACUUGCUAUCCCUCUGUUCAGCAUAAGCUAACCCUGUCAGAGGUAUCCGGGCAAGGACUUUGUGUAGGGACCAUACCCGCUGCCAAUCAGCCACUUUGUAAUUCCACUGCCCCUCUUACCUCAGGAAGUUAUUACCUGGCUGCCCCCAAUAAUACCUUGUGGGCCUGCAACACUGGCCUGACCCCUUCCCAAGGCUGGAAUGAUAGUUCUGAAUUUUGUAUUUUAAUCGAACUAUGGCCUAAAAUAGUUUACCAUGAACCAGAAGAAGUUUAUAGGCACUUUGAAAAAGGGACUCGAUACCCUAGAGAACCUUUGUCUCUAACCCUGGCAAUAAUGCUGGGGGGACUAACGGUUGGGGGCAUAGCCGCAGGGAUUGGGACUGGGGCCACCGCCCUAUCAGCGACCCAUCAGUUCCUACAACUUCAACAAGCUAUGCAUGCCGAUCUACAGGCGUUAGAAGAAUCAGUAAGUGCCUUGGAGAAAUCCUUGACCUCACUGUCUGAGGUAGUUCUACAGAACUGUAGAGGGCUAGAUAUCCUCUUUUUGCAAGAGGGAGGACUAUGUGCGGCUCUAAAAGAGGAGUGCUGUUUCUAUGCCGAUCACACCGGACUAGUCAGAGACAAUAUGGCCAAACUUAGAGAGAGACUUAAUCAGAGAGAAAAGCUCUUCAAUGAGAGACAAAGUUGGUAUGAAAGUUGGUUCAAUAAGGCCCCCUGGUUCACCACUCUUGUUUCCUCUCUCAUGGGCCCCUUAAUUAUAAUUCUUUUAAUUCUACUUUUCGGGCCUUGCAUUCUAAAUAGGUUAGUUCAGUUUAUGAAGGACCGGCUCUCCGUCAUACAGACGUUAGUGCUAACCCAGCAGUAUCAUCAACUCAAGCAGCUAGAGACGGAGAUUGACUCUCCCUAG